GUUAAAGGACCAAAUAAUCUAAGCCGUGUUGAAUUUUUAUACCCCAAUAAUCUUUUGUUUGAUUGGGUACUAAGAAAUCUUCAAAACCUUUCAAACGACCUUUGUGUGUGUAUAUAGAGGAGCAGAUACCAUUAGAAACACUACCACCACCACCUGUGAUCUCUAGCUUCUAUCAGAUUUCAAUCUCUCUCCCAAACCAAGACUGAAACAAAUGGCUUUCUCUAAAUCCAUGACCUUGUUAGCUACUCUUCUUGUUCUGCUACCUUUGGCAACUUACGCUUUGGACUGGCCGGAUAUUUCUCCUUCUGUUGCCACUGAAAUAUGUAAACAAGUCGAGUGUGGAAAAGGAAAUUGCAGCUUCGACGCCAGUGCGCCUAUGGCCUACACCUGCGAGUGUGACAAAGGAUGGAAGCGAACUGCUGAAGGCAACGAUGAUCUUAAGUUCCUCCCUUGUGUCAUCCCUAACUGCACACUGGAGUACAACGAUUGCCAAGCACCCCCUAAAGUUCAAAAUUACACAGAAGUCCCACGCAACUUGUCUUUCUUUGAUCCUUGCACUUGGGUUUACUGUGGAGAAGGUACAUGCGUCAAGAACUCUACCUAUUUAUACUCACCAGAGUGUAAAUGCAACUCAGGGGCUACUAAUCUUCUCGGCGUCACUGUGUUCCCCUGCUACAGUGAAUGCACACUUCAACCUGACUGUGCAGCCCUUGGAAUCAAAGUUGCAAACUCGACUAGUACCUCUCCCGAUGGAACAACAACUGACAGUAACAAAGCUACCGACUUCAUGCCAAGCAAAUUCCAGUUGAUGGCUGUAGUGAUGGUGUCUGUUGGUAUGCUGCUGUGAGAGUAGGGCUCGUAAUCUACAUUUGUUCGAGUUAAUUUCAUCACACAUGAGCUUGAUAUACUUUAGGUUAAUCUGAUUGUUGUAGCAUUCCUUGAUUUUUCCCCUGUUCUUCAUUUUGUGUAAAGUCAGAUUGUAUCAAUAAGUAAAAACAUUGUCAUACUCGGAUGACAGUCAUACAUAUGUAUAAACAUUCCUUCUAUACUUUGAUACAUUGUUAUGAGUACAUGAUUUUUCCUUGUCU